AUGCCACUUCGAACCACACCUCAGAAUCUCGCUGACUAUAUAUGUGCGGUCCGAGGCAAGCCUGUGGAUAAAUUCGAAUGGAACAAUGUACAAGUCUCAAUGAUCCUCUCCGCAUGGACCGAGCCAGCAAUGCUGUUGCUAUUGGCCACCAGGACUUGUAAGAUCCGCCCACUAGGCGCUGUCAAUGUACGGAACCGUAUGGAGAUGUUAAGACCCGAUUUAUGUAAACCUGGGGACUUUGGUCAUUUCGACAGAGCCGUGCUUUCAGCAGUCUAUUCAAAGUCUGUAAGAAGCGUCAAACGUGGUCUUGAGAUCGACCUCAUUGUCUCUCUCAAUGUUCCCGAUAGCCAAGGCAGACUGACAGAUGCCUUUCGCCAAGUCUUCACCAUACUUCAGUUCACAAAUACGGUUCCAGUGACCCUCAAGACCUCCAAGUCUGUUCAAAAAACCCUUUCCUGGCAACGACCAGUUCAAGCGUCUUUCUCGAUGCGACACCAGGAGCCCACUCUCUGGGCAGAGGUCUGCAAGGACUACAAUCCAAUUCACACAUCCACGAUGGCAGCCAAAGUCCUCGGAUUUCCUGGAAAACUCGCCCAUGGUAAUCAUGUUGUAGCUAAGGCUUGGAUUGCAUUACUACAGGCAAACAAACACCCGGAUGAUAUUGCUCUAUCGACGACCCUUGAGCCUGUCUGGUUGCAAGUAUCAUUCAAACGACCCAUCGUCAUGCCCGCCAGGCUCGAAGCGCUCUAUGGACAGACUCUUCUUCCGCAUGACUCUCAGGAGGCCAUCAAUUUUCAGGUGGUCUCUAAGGAUAAAGUCCGGCUUGCAGGGUCCAUCGGCACACUUUACUGA